CUGUUCGGAAAAGUAAUGGUGUACAGGGAAUAAUGUAUAAAAUUGCAUUGGAGAUUUAAUGGCUAAACUUAAGUGACAGUUUUAGAUUUCCAUUAGAUAAACUUGUAUAUGCUAGAAAAUUAUACUUUUUAAUCUUAAUCAUGACAGAAGUAAUUUCUUCAGGCCCUGUCUUAGCAGAUUCUACUUUUAGAAGUAGACCACAUUUUAAAACCUAUCUUUACACUGAUGCAAAUGCAGGUGGUCAUGCUGUGCAUCAGAUUGAGGAAAAGAGGCGCAUACGGCACAUGAAAUUUCCCUCAUUAACUGGUCGCCAGGAUGUAGACUCUUUUCAGGAAGAUUUGAAAAACAUAUCAUUUAAAAAAUGGAAUGAUAAUGGGGAUCAUAGGGCUGAAGCACCAUACCGUAGUUACGAUAACAUUGUUGACCCUGUAUCAGGUUUUGUCAGUGCUGGUGGGGAUGUUGAUCGCAACACGGGUCACCAGAAAAUUAAAUCUUUAGUUCAAUUAAGUGAUACUCCUCAAUCUGCACCGCCCGUAGCAAAAGACUCGGAUAGGAAGAAUGAGAGGGCUGCGCCCCCUGAGCUGCGUCGAUCCAAUACCUAUGAGCCAGGUGCACCCUCUGCAUGGAAUAGCAGAAAAACAUCUGACAUAUGGAUAAGAUCACAGCUAGGUGGAUGGACAAGUGCUCAUGACCCAAGACACCCUCCCAAAGAAGCUUUGGAUAUGAGAAGAGCAAAGUCAAUGUUUGUAGAAAAGCCUCCAUCAGAACAGAGCAAAGAGGGCCGUGAUCAUCUUGCAAUGAAAUACCAAUAUAGUACUUCAACUCAAAAAGCUUUUGAAGAAGUGCCAUGGGAUACAAUGUUACCUCCAAAGCAGUGGGCACCAACCUCGACACUGGAGGAGAGACCGGAUAUGAUCUCACAAACAUAUACCUUACAUAGAUAUGAUCCCGCUGCACAAGAAUGGCAGAAUGCAGGUAGAUCAUGGGACUGGUUUCAGAAAAGAAAUGCUUACUAUAAGACUGCUCCUAUUGUUUUCUGUAGUCAGCCACCUAGGAAACAACAUAUACCAGGGUAUGGAGGUGGUGUGGGGGCAGUGAACCUGGAGGAGUUGGACAAUGCUAGUAUAGAGUUCAAACCUUUUACAGUGAAACGGGUCAACAUACCACGCUAUAGUGAAACAUCACAUAAACCAAACAUACCUGGCUACCAGGGUUGUACACUAUUUAGAGGACAGUAUGCCCCCGCUCACAGUGCACCUCACCCUCCAAACAGUCAGGCCACUACUAAACUUGUUCAUAAAGAGAAGCCAGUUACGGACUCUGCCAACCAAGGAUACAACCGCGGGGGUAAGAUGUCAAAGAUGGUCACUCUUGUACCUCCAUGUAACCCUUUCAAUCAAAUCAACAAAUUGGAAGAAGUCAUUGCAAAUAAGGUGGACUAAAUAUAGAAAAAUGUCUCAAUAUAUUUUGUUAUUUCCUUUGUUUUACUGUGAUGUUGUUUUACCUGUUUAAAGAAAAUAGACAUUCCUUGAAACCUCUGGACAUAAGUUGAUAUACAAAACAUAUGAAAGCUGGAGAGCCAGUGUUUUAGAAUAAACUCAUACACAGAUAUGGAGACUAGUCUAAACCUCUCUCAUCUGAUUGGCUGAAUUUGAAUAUUCAAAUUUUGAAUUUACCAAUCAUAUUGUACCAUUUACAGACUGGUUCCAAAAUUUUGAAACAUUUACCCAGAGAAUCAAUCAUUCUGCACACAGUCAUUUAGUCUGUUUAACUGUAUAUCAAAAUGGUUACUUCUUAUGAAAACUGCCAUUCAAAUUUCACUUACAGCAUUAAACACUGUCUUUCAUCCAUUUAACUUCUAUGCAGUUACAAAUGUUAAAGAUUAAUAAACAUAAAUACUUACUUUUGAAUUAAAGAUUUUUUUUAUCUGUAUAAGCUCAAAAGUGAUGCUAGUAUUAAAGAGUGUAUUUAGAUAUUUUUGCUUGCUGCCAUCUACAUUUCGUACAUUACAUUCAUAAUAGAAUUAAUUUCGGGUAGAUGGUUGGCCAUUUUCGCUUUUAAAAGGAAAUUCAAAUUUUAAUCGCAACGAUACAGAUUCUGAUAGCUGAAGUUCAAUUCAAUGAUUCAAUGCAUGUCAGGCCACAAAAAAGUCUUGUUUUGGUUUUCCCUAUGGUACUCAUUUUAAAUGUUGAUCAUAGACUUUUGUUUUUCCUUUCCACUUUCCUUUAAAAUAUGUAUUUGUAUACAUAAAAUUUAGGACAAAAAAAAAAUGAUUAUUACUACCCCCCUUUUUAGAGACCAGACACAAAACAACUUUUUCGUGUCAGUAUUAAACAAAACAUUUUUACAGCAUUACAAUCGAUCAAAUAAGUUCUUCCUCUGUGAUUUCUUUCUUAUUGCAAUGUAGUUUUUUGGCAAUAAAUUUUUAGAGGAAGGACUUUCUGAUGACCAAUAAUUUCUCAUUUAACUUUGUGUCAAUUCUGUUAUCUUCAUACAUAGGGUUUCUCUAUGUUGCCAUUUGUUUUAUUUCAUACCAACAUGAGUCCUGCUCCUUAUGCCUAUUAUGAAUGUUUCCUGUGAUAUAUGGGGGGCAAAAUUUGUAUUUGUGUUGUUCAUUUGUAAAGAUUUACCAAGCAGUAUUGUGUAUAAACAAAAUGGGUAAGCAUUAUAUGAUAAUAGAUAGUUAUGAAGUUACAGAUAUCAUAUGUAGAGCAAUAACUGAAACGAGAUAUUUCAUCAGUAUUGGUUCAAUAAGAUGUGAUAAACAACAUCUACAAGGAAAGGCGGCAUUCAUUGAAAGCAAUAAGCCUAAGUCCUGAAGCCUAAGGUUGGGAAAUAAUUGACAGAGAAAUUUAGUCAUUAUUAGUUUUAUUAAGUUAAACUUAAAAAUGGAUAAUGUUAAACAUUGUAGUUCAUCAGUAUCAGCUUAUUUCAGUUUGAAAAACAGGUAAGACUAUAAAAAAAAUAGAAUCAAAAAUAAAUCAGCAGCAAUGUCUGACUGUGUUUUCAAAUUGGGCAAGCUUCUCAGUAUUAGAUUUAGAAUCAAAAAUGGGUAAGCAGUAACAAUAGUUCAUCAGCAUUAAUCUAAAUUAAGAUUAUAAAAUCAAAACUAUCGAAUGUAUAAUUAUUCUCUAUAUUUUUAUAUAUAUUUUUGCACAUGUGUGUUAACUAAGCACUGGUGUAGGAAUUACUUGCAUCUUGUGUUUUUGUAUUUUUUUUAUAUUUUAUAAGAUUGGUUAAUAAUGAUAUAUAUUUAGAUAGAGAAUUGGUUGUCUCCCUUGUUUUGAAGUAAAAUUUUACAUGCAAUGUUUAUUACAAUGACUGAGUCAUAAAUGUGUUACUGUUAUUUUAUAUACGUUUUGUCUUUGUUGUGUUUAUAUAUAAUGUUUAUAAUAUCUGUUGUUGUUUUUAUUUUUUCUCAAAACGCUGCAGUGUGGAAUGAAUGGAAGGAAUUGAUAUAUCAUUGUUAAAUUGUUGUAGUUUGUACAUGAUACUUCAUUAUUGUAACAUUGGCAAUUUCGUGAAUCAGUCACAAUUUACAGCAUUUGAUUGGUUAAUUUUAAAGGUUACUUUGAAGUUGACCAAUUGAAACGUUGCUCUUUUAGACUGAUGAAUCCGCCAUAUUUUACAACAUUUGAUUGGUUAUAAUUUUAAAUGUGAAUUUGAAAUUGACCAAUGGAUACAUUUUUAGGGACUGGUGUACUGAUUCAGUUAUACAAUUUGUAAGGCUUAUUAAAGCAAGUUUUAGGUAUUUUAAAGAGCAAUUACACAAAAAGAAAAAAUAGUUUUGAAAGAUUAUGAAUUUGAAUCUGUUUUUUUUAUUUGAGUAAAUCCGUUAAAAAGUACAUGAUAGUUAAUUAAGAUAUAUCUAUUUUUUUAGAAUUAUGUCGACUGCUCUUAUUAGUAAACACAUUUAAAGAAACUUUAAGAUUAAUAAAAAAAAAUUAUUUGAAUAUUGAAAUUAACAUAAGUAUUUGUAUAAAGAUAUUUUAUUGCAUAAAUGGCGUUGUAUAAACAAAUGAUGUACGUAUAUGUUGUUAUAAGUGUUUUUGCAAAAUAAUGAACAGUAUUUCACCUUGUGUUGUAAAAUGCACUCUAAUUUUGUAGACAAACAGUUUUUACAUUUACGGUUGUGCUUUUUUAUAAUCAAUGUUGAAGUUUUUACACCAACAAUAUGUUAAUAUUAUAUUUUAUAUAUUCAUAGACUGAUAUGAGUUGUUUUUAUAUAUUUUUAUACAUAUCACUUUCUUAUGUCUUAAUCAUUCAUAGCAAGGACUGCUUGAAUACUAUAUUCAAAGUAUUUUCUAACCAGUUUGAAAUAAAUUCUACACUUUUCGGAUUUUCUUAUCAAGUAAUUGAUACACUUUUCGAGUUAGACUUAUGUCUUUUCGAGUUAGACUUAUGUCUUUUCAAGUUAGACUUAUGUCUUUUUGAUGCACACUGUAGAAUUUUUUAAUGAAGAUACCAUUAGUCUGUACAGAAACUUGAUAAUAAAGUCACUAGGUAGUUUGACUUUCAUAAUCAUAUGCACAAUAUACUUAAAAUGUACUGAAUGGCUAAUGUAUUGUUAGUAUUUGCUACUUUGGUAAAAAAUCAACUUCUUUUGACAGUACAUGUCAAGGGAAUUUGGAAGUUUAAAGAAACGUACUUCAAUAUUUUCAUCUGAUAAGUUAGCACACUUCUGCAAAAUAUAUUAGAUAAAAUUUACUGACUAAAAAGUUAAACAAUAAUAUUUACCAUUUGAUAUUUGGAAAAAAUAAUUAGAUCACCAUUGUUUCAUCCCAACCUUUUGUCUGCUUUCAAAAUUUAGUUAGUGUUCUGAAGCUAAAGGCUGUUCAGCUGCAUCAUUGAAAUAAAACUUUGAUAUGAAAAUACACAUUUUUUAGUCCCCUACCGGUUUACCGGAGGGGACUUUAGGUUUACCCUCCGUCCGUCUGUCCGUCCGUCAGUCCGUCCGUCCGUCUGUCCGUCCGUCAGUCCGUCCGUCCACAAAACUGGAUCCCGCGAUAACACAAAAAGUACUGAAAAUAUUUUAAUGAAACUUGAUAUAUGGAUAGAUGGCAGUAUGGAGAUUAUGCACGUCUUUUUCAUUUCUUCCUAUGUUGAAAAUUCUGGUUGCUAUGGCAACAAAUAGACUGAAAAUAUGGCAAAUUUUACACAUAACCUGGAUCCCGCAAUAAUGCAAAAAGUACUGAAAAUAUUUUUAUGAAACUUGAUAUAUGGAUAGAUGGCAGUAUGGAGAUUAUGCACGUCUUUUUCUUUUCUUCCUAUGUUGAAAAUUCUGGUUGCUAUGGCAAUAAAUAGACUGAAAAUAUGGCAAAUUUUACACAUAACCUGGAUCCAGUGAUAACACAAAAGUACUGAAAAUAUGUUUAUGAAACUUGACAUAUGGGUAUAUGGCAGUAUGGAAAUUAUGCACAUCCUUUUCUUAUCUUCCUAUGUUGAAAAUUCUGGUUGCUAUGGCAACAAAUAGACUGAAUUUCAAGAUUUCUGAUUCUAGUUAUUAAGUUUUUUCACUAUAAGUUCUUUAUUUCUUAAGGUAUUUUCUUCAAACUUUAAAUAUAAGUUGCUUGUAAUCAACCACAUCAUAUAUGACAAGGUUUACAACUCUAGCACAAAAUUUAUCAGAAUUACCUCCCUUGAACUUAAAAUUUUCAUGAAAAAAAAUUGUUUUUUUUUUUUUAAUAACUUCUUUUUCUGAAUGUAUCUACUUCAAACUUCAUAUAAAUGUUUCUUAUUAUCACUCAACAUUUGUGAGUGUUCAAUACUCUAGCAAGACUAUUUCCAGAAUUAUGCCCCUUUUGAACUUUUUUUUUGAGAAAUUGGUAAUUUUUACUCCAACUUCUUCAAUCAUGAUAGGAUUUUAAAAAUGUUAUAUUUUGAUAACAGGGAUGUUUAAAAAAUAACUUUAGAGUGUCCUCUAGUCCGUCUAUCUGUACAUAAAAACUGUUUCCUGUGAUCACUUUUAAAGAACUUUUUCAACAAAUUUACUUAAAAUAGGAACAUAAGUGAAUGGCCAAUGGCCCUUCAGAAUAUUGCUUGGGCUCUUACCGGUAGGGGACUUAUGGAUUGCUUGCAAUACUAUGAUAAUUGCUUGUUUUUCAUUGUUAUGUUUUUUAUUCCCGUUUAAAACAUAUUGUUAGUAUUCUGUUAUGCUGUUAUACAUCACAUAUUUUUGUUGUGAGUUACAAUUAUUCUGUGAUAAUACAUGUCAGUAUUUUUUUAUUGUCAAAACUUGUUAUAAUGGCCUAGAAUAUAUUUUAAAAUAAAAAUCUCCAAUUUCACAUUUUUUUCUUGGCUUUCUGCCAAAUUAGGGAAGAUGUGCAACUGUUACAUUAAUGUCCUCUUAUGUGUAAAUCCUGCACUUAGUUGAAAAUCUUGAUCAUUUCUUUAAUUUAAAAUUUAAGUGAUGUUAACAUAAAAUAGAUUAAGAUUUUACUUUGUGCUUCAUAAACUUCUGUAUGCAUAAAGCAAUGCGCUACAUAAUUAACAUUAACGACUUAAGUUUAACUAUUUGUACAUGUAAUUGGAAAUACAUGUUUACACCUUUUUGCACCCAUGAUUUUAUGUUUGAAGAAAGUCUACCUUGGAUUAUGAAAAUACAAUAUUGUGAACAGAGUGAACUGCUUCAAUAAAUAUCUUCUUAACGAAA